AGCUUAUUAUGUUUGGUGUGGGGAAAAAACAUUUUCGUUCAGCGAUUAUCUCAGUGUUUUAAGCAUAAUCCGUGUGAUUCAGCCGUUGAAGUUGGUGUUUUAUUAUAAUACGUUGCCAUCGGAUCGCGGGUAUUUUUAUAACACUUGGUUUUCGGAAUUAAGACAGAAUAUACCUUAUUUAGAUCUUAGGGAGAUGAAUAGGGUUGUAGUAUGUAAUACGUUAGAUGCUGUGGAUUAUGUUUUGGAGCAGUUAGUUAUCAGUAAAGUUGGGGGUGUUUUCGUUGGAGAAAAUGCUAUUCUUACUUAUACCCCGGAUAUAUUAAAAAAUAAGAGUAUAUUAGCCUAUUCAAGAUCGGAUGAAAUCUCUAGUGAAAAAGUUAUUUUUUUCGUCAAACAAAACGAUCAGACUAAUCUUGAUGUUGAAGAGUUCAAGACGGCGGUUCACAAAUCUUCCUUGGAGUGCCACACACCAGAACAAUACGACAGCAACGCUGUGGGGUCUAAUCCAUUAACAGAUCGCAACCAUUCCUCGCCGUGUAUAGUUUUGUCCAACACAAUCUACCCAGAAUACAUUGCAAACAGCACAUCACCUUUUUCUGCUGUGAUACGGUCUUUGUACUACGGCAAACCUGAUCGAGUUUUUCCUAAACAAACUCAGGACGCCGCUGACGUCGUGCCACUGACCAACCAUCUGAUCCUGAUGAACCCCAACCACCGCCAGCCCAUCGAGUGGGCGUUCGAACACUACCUCAGCGCUCUGUCAGCUCUGUACGUGGCACGCUUCGACAGAGUGUACGUCCAUGGUGACACAGAACCUUCUGGAAAAUACUGGAACAAAUUAAAGAAAGAAAACGUCACGUUCGUCUAUAUAGAUGGCAUUAGCUCAAUAUUUCAACAAAAUGUCUUAGAAAUGGCUCAUAAAACUGACAUUUUGAGGGUUUUGGUUUUAUAUAAAUACGGUGGAGUAUACAACGACAACGACGUGAUUUGGGUGAAUCCGAUUUCCGACGACCUCCGACGUUACCCGACGGUGGCGUGUCUGGAACUGUCAAAGGAAGGAGACUGGCCCAGGGUCAUCAACAACGGUGUGUUGGCAUCAAAACCCAAGGCUCCGUUUCUAGUUCAUGUUCUGGAGUCUUUCUGGUAUUACAGGGAUGAUUUAUGGGCGCUCAAUUCAGUCUACAUGUUCUACAAGGUGUUUGAAAGGUACCCGGACACGAUACACAUAGAUAAAAGGUUACAGGUUAGUUAA